AACGACUUAAUUAGUCCUUUACAGUAUUUUUUACUUAAGUACUUCACACCACUGCUAUACAUUGGUAUUGCACACCCUUCCAGUCAAUCAUACGCGCUACUUUGUAGAAGUUAUUGUAAAAGAUAGGGCUACAGGGUGAGCUUUUGUUCUUCCAGUGGUCUAGUCUAACAUCGAUAUAAUAGGUUAUCUUGUUGGAUGAGAUGCCAUAAAAUCGACUUACUUUCAGUUGCGCGCACAGUGGUCAGAACUGAUCUGAAGCUAGUUGUUCGGUGAAGUAGGCGACUUGAUUUCUGCUAUGACUAACUUUGAUCACAAGCAAUAAAUAGCCUACAGCUCGUGGUCGCUGACAGUCUAUGGAAUAUGUACGUAUACAAUGCGGUAUGAGUGAAGCGAAGUAGGCUACUAGACUACAAGAACAAGCAUUCAUGGCUGCCGAUGAGUCAACAGUGAUUGUAACUUUUACUGAAGUCCAAAGUCGCUUCUAGGCUACAAAUGGGUUCCAUGUUUGAUCUGAGCGUUGCUGUAAGACUCUAUUUGCUGUCUUGUUUCGUUGUAUCUGUGGACUUCACUUUAGGCUUGGGACAAAGCCAAGAUACUGAAUUCACGUUUCAACUCCCUGCAGGUAGAACAGAAUGUUUCUACCAAACAGCUACGAAGAACGGAAGCCUGGAAGUAGAAUACCAGGUGAUUGCAGGUGCAGGCCUGGAUGUGGGCUUCACCCUGAUCUCCCCCAGCGGAUACAAGCUGGCCUCUGAGUUCAGGACAUCUGACGGCAUCCACACGGUGGAGCCUACAGAGGAUGGAGACUACCGGCUGUGUUUUGACAACAGCUUCAGUAAGCUUUCUGAGAAGAUGGUGUUCUUCGAGGUGAUUGUAGAGGGCCAGCCUGGGGACACCUGGGGCGAUGAAGAGUGGGCUGACAUGGCCGAGCCAGAGAGUAUGGUGGAGUACAAAUUGGAAGACAUCAGGGAGACCAUGGACUCAGUGCACAGGCACCUGGAGCGGAGCCGGCAGCUUCAGACCAUGCUGAGGACCUUCGAGGCCCGGGACCGCUAUCUACUGGAGGACAAUCUGUGGAGGGUCUCGUUCUGGUCCUCCAUGAGCCUCCUGGUCAUCCUGACCGUGGCCGUCACACAGGUCUACACCCUCCGACGCCUCUUCGACGACAAGAGGGUCUGCAAACCCUAGUGUCCAGUAGUAUCUUCCACCACCCCCACACCCUUCCCAGUGGUAUCUUCCACCACCCCCACACCCUUCCCAGUGGUAUGUUCCACCAACCCCACAUCAUGCCCAGUGGUAUCUUCCACCACCCCCACACCCUUCCCAGUGGUAUCUUCCUCCACCCCCACACUCUUCCCAGUGGUAUCUUCCACCACCCCAACGCUCUUCCCAGUGUUAUCUUCCACCACCCCACACCCUUCCCAGUGGUAUGUUCCACCACCCCCACAUCAUGCCCAGUGAUAUCUUCCACCACCCCCACACCCUUCCCAGUGGUAUCUUCCACCACCCCCACACCCUUCCCAGUGGUAUCUUCCACCACCCCCACACCCUUCCCAGUGGUAUCUUCCUCCACCCCCACACUCUUCCCAGUGGUAUCUUCCACUACCCCCACGCUCUUCCCAGACUAACAGGACCCUACUGUAAAGUAAUGGUUUCAGAGAUUGAAGAAGAGAGACUAUUGACAACAGUGAUGUUUGGUAAAUGAGGGACUGUUAGUAAGGAUUUAGUGAUGUUUGUGUUUGAUGAGUUUGAUUCAGCUUUUGAGUGGCAGAAAAGUGCAUGUUUGUAUGUGAGUCAUAAACACUGUAUAAUGAUGUUUUGACAAUUUAGUGUCAAUCUAUCAAACAAGAAACCAAAGCAAUAGCAGAUCAUGUGGUAGUAUGUUUUUAACAUGGGAUCUUAAGAGUGACAUUACAAAUAUAAUUGAUUUAAUGACAUGGUUAUAACACAACUACAGAAAAUUAAACACACACACAAAAAAUAUUCUACUCUGAAAUAAAUUAAUUCUGGAGAAAGAGUAGCCUUGCAAAGCCACUGGUCCCGCAAGCUUACAUUAAAAGCUGCAGUGGUUAUCAGUCUGUUAAUUAUGAGGCAAGAGAAAUAAGUCUUACAUGCAUCAAUGGCUGUCCUCAUGGGAUGGUUUUAUUGAAUUACAGAUAUUACAUUUUUAUUGAAAUGUAUAGUGUUUGACAGAGAUCUGGUGAGACGAAGCCAAAGAGUUGAGACAUUCAAAAAAUUAUCCCUGCCAGGAGAAUGUUGCAAAGUCAACCACAAGCAUAGUUGUUAUAUACACCUCCAACACCACAAAACAAGAUCCAAUCAUUCAUUUGAAAAAAUGAUUGUAUUUAUAAAACCAUAAAAUCUCAAUGAUCCAUUCCUUUCAAUUAUAGGUACAAUAGUGCAAAUUUGAGUGUCAAAAGUGUGCAGCGAAAGAAAAUAAGGCAACCUUAUUGGCUACCACAAAACAGCACUGGAUUAAAGGCAUAUCGCAAAGUUCUGCAGUUGACAUCAGUUGGAUCUAUUAUUGACACUGUACUACAUUAUAAUCACAUUACCGGUAUAUGCCCUUCUUCAUACAACUACCCUUACUACAGUAUAAAUAAACUGUAUAAUGAUAACAUACAGCAUAUGCCAUAUAGAAGAGGCCUUUAUUCAAAGUGAUUUACAGUCAUUCGUGCAUACAUUUCACGUAUGAGUGGCCCCAGCAGGAUUCGAACCUACGACCCUUGGUGUUGCAAGCACAAUGCUCUACCGUCUGACCCUUGUGCAAGGCAUCCACUGGAACAUGCAUGGUUUGAAGCUCUCUUCUGAACAUGACAUGACCCUCGCUGUUAAAAGCUUUGUAUGCUUCUGUGCUCACUCAGCAGUGGAGGACCCAGCACUACCUGAUUAAUUGAGCUGUUCCUAACAUCCUUCACCUCAUCCCUUCAAAUAGUCACUUUACCGUUUGGUUUUUGGGGCCCUCCCAAUACACUACCAUAUAAUAUUAAGGGCUGUCAUCCUCCCAUGUGGUGUUCCCCAACUGACACGUCAAAUGAUUAACUGUAGCAUCGAACACAAUGCAGUAUGAGUGAGAUCUCAAAUAAUCUACAGUUCCACCUACAACACAAUUUACAAUCAUCUAAAUAAACCAAACUUCUACACUUCAAUCAUUUUUAUAGGAGUGUUAUACAAACGUGUUCAAUAGUCAUUCAGACACUGAUCUGUUGAGAAAUGCCCAUAUAUUAAAACUGCACUGUACAUAAAACCAAGAGGAGAGGUUAUGCCCCAUGAGAUAGCUAACACAAACAAUCACUGGAUUUCAUUACGAAUUUGGCACAUGAGCAAUCAAAAAUUUUUAUCAGUACAAAAAUAAUUUCAUUUUCUCAAUGUUUGUUUAGUAUGGAAAUAGGGAACAGAAGUUGAACCCGUACUGAGAGUGGUGUCAGAAUUCAGCCAGGCUACAGCUCGCUAAAACCACUGGAGGGGAUGGAGAUUUCAGAAUACAUCCCCCACACUUAUAGAACAGUCUGGGUAGGUGCUAGCUAUUAAAGGCCCAAUGCAGCUGUUUUUAUCUCAACAUCAAAUAAUUUCUGGGUAACAAUUAAGUACCUUACUGUGAUUGUUUUCAGUUGAUUUUUUUUUAAAUAAAACA